AUGUCGUAUUUAAGGCACGUUGCUUCUGUUUCCAUUCUCAAUUCGAGAGCAUACUCUCACUGUCUUCAACAUUUCAAUGAUGACGUUGAUGUUGUUUCCUUGUUCAAUCGAAUGCUUCAUAAGAAUCCCACCCCACCCACCAUUGAAUUUUGCAAGAUUUUAGGUUCUCUUGGCAAGGCCAAACAUUACCUCACUGUUGUUUACCUUUCUCAACAGAUGGAAUUGAAUAGAGUUACUCCUGAUUUUGUAACUCAUAACAUCCUCAUCAAUUCUCUCUCUCAAUUGGGUCAUAUUACUUUUGCUUUUUCUGUUUUAACCAAGAUUCUUAAGAGAGGUUAUCACCCAGGUUGCGUUACCUUCAAUACACUCAUCAGGGGUCUCUGUCUCAAAGGUGACCUCCAUAAAGCAUUGCAAUUUCAUGACAAGCUGGUAGUUCAGGGAUUUCAGUUGGACCAAGUUAGUUAUGGGACAUUGAUCAAUGGUUUAUGCAAAGCGGGACAAACAACAGCAGCCCUACAAUUGCUUAGACGAGUUGACGGAAAAUUGGUUCAACUUGAUGUGGUAAUGUACAAUACAAUCAUUAGUAGUAUGUGCAAAGAUAAUCUUGUUUGUGAUGCAUGUGAUUUAUAUUCUGAAAUGAUUGCAAAGAAAAUUUCUCCCGAUGUUUUCACUUACAAUGCUUUAAUUAGUGGCUUUUGCAUUGUUGGUAAAUUAAAAGAAGCAAUUCAUUUGUUUAAUAAAAUGACAUUGGAAAACAUCGACCCGAAUGUGUAUACUUUUAAUAUAUUGGUGGAUGGUUUUUGUAAAGAAGGAAAGGUGAAAGAAGUGCAAAAUGUGUUAGCUGUGAUGAUUAAAGAAGACAUUAAACCCGACAUUUUUACUUAUAACUCUUUAAUGGGUGGAUAUUGUCUAGUAAAUGAAGUAAACAAGGCCAAUGAUAUAUUCAACAUUAUGUUCAAAAGAGGAGUGACUGCUGGUGUUUGGAGCUACAAUAUCAUGAUCGAUGGAUUUUGUAAGGUUAAAAUGGUGGAUGAAGCUAUUAAUCUCUUCAAAGAAAUGCAUUGCAGAAAAAUCAUUCCCAAUACGAUAACUUACAAUUCUCUUAUUGAUGGUUUGUGCAAAUCGGGGAAUAUCUCGUAUGCUUGGGAGCUUGUUGAUAAGAUGCAUGAUAGAGGUCAACCACCGGAUAUAAUUACUUAUAAUUCUUUAUUAGAUGCUCUGUGCAAAAAUCAUGACGUUGACAAAGCAAUUGCAUUAUUUAAAGAAUUUAAAGACAAAGGUAUGCAACCUAGUAUGUGCACAUACAAUAUUCUUAUCGAUGGAUUGUGUAAAGGUGGAAGACUAAAGGAUGCACGAAAGGUUUUUGAAGAACUUUUGAUCAAAGGUUACAAUCUUACUGUCUAUACAUAUACCAUUAUGAUCCAUGGAUUUUGCAACAAUGGCUUGUUUGAUGAAGCGUUGACCAUGCUAUCAAAAAUGAAAGACAAUGGUUGCAUUCCAGAUGCUCAAACUUAUGAAAUCAUUAUUCUUUCCCUAUUUGAAAAUGAUGAAAAUGAUAAAGCACAGAAACUUCUUCGUGAAAUGAUUGCGAGAGGUCUACUAUAA